UUUCCAACGAACCGGAAACUGGUGGGAUAAUAUUUGAAACAACCAAUCGGCAAGUUAUAUUUGCCGGAAACCAUACAACGAAGAGUAUAAAUACGCUGGAUUUGCACAUUUUUUUAUUGCAGUUCUAAUCUUGUGUGGCACUGCGUCGUCGGUAUCUUCAGUACAACCAAAAUGAGCGGUUUCAGUCGUGGCAGAGGAAAAUCUCCUCGUGGUCGUUACAGACCAGAAAAUCCUACUCAAACCCCACAACCUCCACGCGGUGGCCAUCGAGGCCCACCAACUCAAUUCCAACCGCAGCCACCAAUGGGAGCAUGGUCUCAAAGACCCCAAAUAGCGCCCCAAGCUGUUCCUGCCAUGCCGAGACCUCAAAGUAGUCAAAUGUCCAGAGCCCCACAACCACAAACUGUUUACCCAGCUAGAGCACCACAGCCACAAGGUGCUUGGGCAGCUAGAAGCCAGGCCCCACAACAAUAUGAACCACCGCAGAGAGAAAUCAGACGUGACUAUGAAGAACCUGCAUCUGCCGUUUCGCAAGCCGCAGGCGAUGUCACAUCAAGUGCUCCUCAAGCAAUAGAUGAGGCUCGACCUGGAGCUGGCGGAGAUGCAUCAGUUCAAUAUUCUGGUCGUGGAGGGAUAAGAGGUCAAAGAGUCAUUGUUAAUGACUACAAUGUUGUAACAAAGCCAGCGACUUGCCAGACAAAGCAAGGAACAACUGGCAGAACUAUAAUGGUUUCUGCAAAUUACUUUGACCUUCUAAGUAAACCAAAUUGGUGUAUAUAUCAAUAUAGAGUUGAUUUUGCACCAGAAGAAGAACUCACAUCAGUGAGGAAGUCGUUAUUUCGUACUGCUGUUAAAGAUUUUUUAUUUGGAUAUCUAUUUGAUGGAACAGUAUUGUAUGCACCAAACAGAUUAAGCCAAGAAUUCUUAGAGCUGUUUGUCAUAAAUGCUGCAACAAAUAACAGCAAGACGCGUAUUACUCUGAAAUUGGUUGGUGAUGUUGUCCAAGGUGAUCAUCAUUAUUUGCAACUUUUCAACAUUAUUGUUCGCAAAUGUAUGACUCAUUUAAAUUUGCAAUUGGUUGGGCGCAAUUAUUUUGACCCUGGAGAAAAGUCUUCAAUGGAGCAAAUGGAGAUAUGGCCUGGAUAUAUAACGUCCAUUCGGCAACAUGAGAAGAAAAUACUUAUGUGCUGUGAGAUAACGCACAAAGUGAUGCAGUUCCAAACUGCUCUCGAUGUUUGGUCGGAAUGUUUAAAUGUUAGAAAUAGAAAUCCAUUAGAGGAAUAUAAGAAGAGAAUAAUUGGAUGUGUUGUCCUGACUGAUUAUAAUAAUAAAACUUAUAGAAUAUCAGAUGUGGAUGAACAGCAAACACCUGCUGAUGGAUUUUUGAAGAAAGAUGGAACUAAAAUUACCUAUGCACAGUAUUUUGCAGAGAGAUACAGAAGGAAGGUUACCAAUAUGAGACAGCCGAUUCUCGUACAUAAGAGUAAAGGACGGGAGAUCCGAGCUGGAAUGUCUGAAUUUAUUUAUUUGGUGCCGGAGUUGUGCAGAAUGACUGGUUUAACUGAACGACAACGUCAAAACUUUACGCUGAUGAAAAAUCUUGCGAAUUACACCCGGGUUACACCAAACGAGAGAAUUCGGAAAACUUUGCAGUUCUCUGAACGUAUACGAAAUAAUGCGAAUGCGAUGGAAGAGAUAAAGCAGUGGGAUUUCAAAUUAGCCAGAAACAUUAUUGAAUUCCCAGCCAGGGUACUGCCUGCUGAGAAAGUGAUCUUUAAUAAUCAUGCUUAUCUCUCAUCAGGAGGUAAAGUUGAUUGGACAAAUGAUUUAAAAACGCACAAAAUGUUUAUUGACAAACCUUUGAACAACUGGGUAAUUAUGUUCACCAAAUAUGAUGAUAAUAAUACUCGAGCAUUCGUCAACACCUUAAAGAAAGUUUCGAGUGAUAUGGCAUGGAAGAUUGGCAAUCCAACUUAUUGUUUAGUUAAUGGCGAUGAUGGUGCUUCAUAUGUACAAAAAAUAAAGGCAUAUAUACAAGAAAGACCAAAUACUCAAUUGAUAGUAUGUAUUCUAUCAAAUAACAGGAGUGAUCGAUAUUCCGCAAUUAAAAAGGAAUGUAUCUUAAAGUUGGAAAUUCCAAGCCAAGUUGUUCUAUCCAAGAAUAUCACACCAAAACAAAAAGCAGGGGGAUCGAGUUCUCCACCAGGUGGCUCAUUAUCUGUUGUUUCCAAAGUAGCUGUGCAAUUGAAUGCUAAACUUGGGGGAUCUCCUUGGACAGUUUUAAUACCAUUAAAACAUCUUAUGGUAAUUGGAUAUGAUGUUUGUCACGAUCCCAAUGAUAAAUCUAAGUCGAUUGGAGCGAUUGUGGCAUCAAUGGACACCCAUUUAAGCAGAUAUUGUUCCAACACUACCAAACACACAAGUGGCCAGGAGUUAAGUAGCAACAUUGCAAUAAAUUGCAUAGCUUUUGUCCAACGCUACAAAGUGCUCCAUAACAUUCUACCAGAAAGAAUUGUAUUGUUCAGGGAUGGCGUCGGUGAUGGGCAAUUACACUAUGUACUUGAACACGAGAUUGUUCGUUUGAAGACAGAUUUGGAGCAAUUCUACAAAGAAAAUAACCAAGUACUGAAGUUGGCAUUCAUCGUUGUCUCAAAGCGGAUCAACACCAGGAUUUUUAACAAUGAGAAGAACCCAGAUGCCGGAACAGUGGUUGAUAGUUGUAUUACCUUGCCGCAAAGGUAUGAUUUCUUCUUGGUAUCUCAGUGCGUACAUCAGGGCACUGUUACCCCCACUUCAUAUAACAUUAUAUAUGAUACAGCAGGUUUGUCGGCCGACAAACUGCAGUUGUUAUCGUAUAAAUUAACGCACAUGUACUAUAAUUGGUCUGGAACCGUACGUGUGCCAGCUCCUUGCCAAUAUGCCCAUAAAUUGGCAUUUUUGACCGCACAGUCUCUCAGAGACGUCUACAGAGGAGUGAAAAUGGAUAAUCUUCUAUAUUUUUUGUAGUUUGUUUGCAUUGCACGUUAGAAUUAGUUUUUAUUUCAUUUUUUUUAUAAUCGGACUUUUAUUCCAUAAAUAUAGUAUAUUUCUAAACUGUAUUAGUAGGUUCUCAAAUAAUCUAGUAUAACAUUAUUUUUUAGUUCUAAGGAUUAGAAUAAAUAUUUAUUUUUGUUAGUUAUAAUAAAAUGUUUCAUUAGAGUUC